GUACCUCCCACAGGAAGACAUCUUUCCCUCAAGGCACAUCCAUCAUCGGGGACACUGCACAGCGACCAUCACCAACACACUUCUAUUGUGGCACCACUUGGCAUCACUUGGUCUCCAAACGUCCACCCCUGUUCGAGUCGUGUGGAUUGUUGAAUCCUAAUUUGGAGCUAGCCGCCAAAAAACGCUCCUUCUCGACAGCAACACGCCCCAUCUUUUGGUCUUUCUAUUUUGCCUUUCUCUACAUUUGUGUCGUCAAGAUCAACCCGCUCAACUUUCACAGCAUUGAAUUCUCACCAUGUUGGCGCAACCAAUCACCGCACCUGGCACGCCGUCACCUGUCAAGAUGGAAACAUCCUCGCGUCCCGCUCUCCCGCAUUACCCCUUGUCGCUGCCUGCUCAGCGCGCUGCGUUGACACCGCCCAUGUCGGCGUCCUGCAACGAAGGCGUCUUUGCCCUCGAAAACGCCGCAGAGGUGCCAUUCUCAACCAGCCCGACCCCGUCAGAACCACCAUCGCGCCGGCCUUACAAUCGAGUCGCAUCCAAGUCGGGAUUUGGCUUCCUUGCUCGGUCCAGCUCCCCGGCGGCUCAGAUUAGUGCCAGCACGUCGUUGAAGCGCGACACGAGCAGCUCCAGUCUGCACGCCAAGCACAGCAACAUGCUGCCCCUCGCUUCGCUCUGCCAUCGCAAGUCAGUCCUCCAAUCCGACAUGCACGCCAGUAUGAACAGCGCCACCGUCUCUUCUUUUGAGCUUGCGCCCUCCGCUUCUGCCCCGGCCAUGUCCCAGAGCUCUGGCUUGGAUGGUGCCCGAGGGCUUUUCCACCACCGUGCGCAUCAGCACCGUGCUGACCUCUCAGCUGGCAGCAACGGCCCUUCCACUGUGAAUAUUGUCCACCGACUUGCUCAUUCACAGCUGAAUGGACGGCGGUUUUCUGGAACUCCUAUCGCUCGAUCACCAAAAGCAUUCACUAGCGCCGUUUCCAACCAACUCAAUGAUUUGCCAGAGUUGCUUGUACGACUGGAACAAUGCGUGGCAACGCGCAACGAUGUUGCCAACCGCGCCCAUUUGACUGCUCUUGCAUCCCAUCUUCUGGGGAGCCGCUUGCCUGCACUUCUUUCACAUGCACCAUCAGCCCUUGUCACUGCCGACGCAGAACCGUUCUUUGCAAGCCACGCCAAUUCGAGCGAAUCCACCGGGCCCUCCAUCGCGAGCUGGCUGGUCAAUCUUAACAGCCAACCGCUCCCAACGGAUGCAGCGGAUGAGGCAGCAGUCGCACACGAGCAUACGCUCGCACCGUCGGCCUCCCUGCCCUCGUUCACUGCCGCCACCGAGCGCCGCUUUCAUUUCCGACUCUCUCCACACGAUGCGUUCGCCAUGCUCGGGGGUGUCCGGCUAUUAACAAGUCUGAUUCUGCGCGACGACUUGGCCAUUCUGCCACCAAACAGCGUCUCUGAAGUGGGAGGAGGACCCAUCCGGCCAACGCUUGUACCAAAUCUUGCUGCUUUGCGCGUGAUUAGCGCAGCGCUGGAUUUGCUGCGACACGUUUGCAUCCAAGUGCCCUCCACAACUGCAGAGCUGGCAAACGACCUGCCCUUGCUUCGACAGCUCUUCUUGUUGUGCUCGUUCAAGACGACAAUUGCCAACGCCACGGCUCUGCUGGAAGAGCUGCUGGCGGCGCGCACCAAAACGUUCGACUUGUCGCUCAUUCCGAACGUGCACCAGCUCAUUUCGUCGCUUGCUUUCGACGAUUUCACACACUUUAUCAAGAUUAUUGUUCUUCUUGUCUACGAUCUGGAAGACCACGGUGUGGCUGACGCUGUGCGUGUUUCCUUGGACAAGGAGGUUCGCGCAGUUCAACGCCAUUCCUCCAUGCUUGCCCCAGUCCGCCAGGUCGAUCGGAACCAUGCUCUGCUGCUCGGCAAUCCAGAUCUUCUAACCCGACUGGUCAAGGUGCUGGACGUUGGCGUGAACGGCGCGUUGCGCGAGCUGUGGCUCGACACGGAAACCGCUCGCCAGGCCGCUGCGCAUCGCGAGCGAAUGGCUCAGGCUGCCGCGGCCGAAGCUGCAGCGAGUGCCGCUGCUGUUGCUGCUACUGCUGCCACUGCCGCUGCAGUCGCCUCCAAUCCUUUCCGCCCUCUUCCGUCCGUGCCUGCUUUUGCCAGUCCUGCUGAUCUCGCGGCCAUGGCGGCCUCGGCGGCCGCCAGCCCUGGCCCGGCCCGCAUCUCUCGGCCUCGCCGCCAGCCGUUGCUUGCAGACUCUGACUACACUCCUGCGCAGCAGGUUACCGUGGAUCAGGACUUUCGUCUGGAGACGUGGCACCGCGCUGUCGCAGGUGCAUCAGCACUCUCGUUUUUGCGGCCCAGCGCGCAUCCUGUAACACAUGCUCCCCCUUGCUCGCAUGUGACCAUUUCGACACUGGCGGAAGUCAUUUUUGUCUUCAACCUGCUCUUGGGCAGCAAGCGCAAAGCCGACACGCAGACUCGCCUGGCGCAGCUGGGCCUUGUGCCAAUUCUUUGCAAAGCCUACUCGUUCAUGCACUGGCGGCCAAUUCCACCCACUCCUGCGCAUUCUAGCAAUCUUAACGUGGACAACACUACUGUCAAAGUCCAGUAUUUGCGUUUGCUUCAUGGCAUGGCGGAUGGCAUUCCAGAUUCGCGCCACCAUCGUUUGUUUUUUGCUCAAGCAGAGCUGUCUCAAAUCCGCACUAUUGAACGUCUGUGGCGGGUGCAGCGGGGACCCGAGCAGUUUGCCAAAGCCACUUUCUGCCGAGAACCAGUCGGCCUGGUCAAGCUGAUGAUGCAUGAGUUGUGCUCCAACGAAACGUUGGAUGCGUCAAUGAAGUUCCAAUUCGUGGUCGCCAUCGAAAGUCACAUUCGCGGUGCGACAAGUGCCGAGCGAGCACUUUUGGCCACCAGCGACUUUUUCCAGUUUUUGCUGGACGAAUUGCUUUCGCCCGAGUUCAAGACCAGCUCCAUCCUGCAGAGCUUGUUCGAUCUGCUUGGCGAGCUGAUUCGAUUCUGCCCCGUGCUCUUGAUGCAGUUCUCUGACUUGUGCACCGACGAAGCGUUUGCUCGGCUGCUGCAUGUCAUCAGCCUGCAUCUGGUUGACGCAAACGUAUUCUUGCGCAGCAUCAUGAUGACCAUUAGCCAUUACUCCCAGCACCACCGCACGACGGCUGAAAGCGACUGCACGAGCUACAUUCCCGAGCGAUGCAAGUUUGCCGCCUUCUUCGGCGACCCCGCGAACGUCAUGUGGCUGUGUGCGCAGCUAAUGCUCGUGAUUAGCAUUGACGAGCUCAGCCAGGAGAACAUUUGCUGUCUCAACAGCGCACUGGUCAUUUUCGUGUUUGCCUACCGUGAGGGUCAACUGGCAUCCUUUGUCGAGCGCCUGUACGCCGUGUGCAAUCUCGUCAAUGGCGAUGCGGCAGCCACCUUUGCCAACUUUGCCCAGCUGCUGGUCUUCUGGAAGCAGCACUACCUGAAGCGGCACCGCGACCUGUAUCAGCUUGCUGCCGGGUCCAGGAUUAGUGUGGAUGACUGGAUGACAGUUGUCAAUGUUGUUGCCUCGUUUUGUUGAUCUGCUUUUGGAUUUUAUACAUUUUUUUAUCUUUUA